AUGGCACCCGUCACACACAUUAUGUACUUUAAGACCUCCUCGUCCUACCUCCAGGAUCCCGCUCGGUUGAUUUCUGAGCUUGCGACCAAAAGUCCAGCAGACAAAAUUGAAGGGGGAUACCUUGGUUUCGAGACGGAGGAUCCAAGCAAUGCAUUUUGGGUCUUCGAGUGGACUUCCAAGUCCGCGCAUGACACGUAUCAUCAGACAGACACUUUCAAGGCUGCACAAUCAGCUUCUCGACAAGUCUUUGCGAGCAGACCUACCCACACACUUACCGAGUUCUCCAACACUAGUCAGAUCUUUUCUGCUCCAGUGACGGAAUUUGUCACUUUCACUCUCAAAGAGGGUGUCAGUAUGGACAAGCUUCAGCCCCUCGUCACACAGCUUGAGGUUAAGCUUCCAGGAACACCCAAGUUCUACGGCUCGAGCUGGGCACCUGUCGUUGAUAAGCCCAACGUAGUUCACGGCGUGUUAGGAUGGGAAAGCGUGCAGGCACACUGGGAUGCUGUAAGCUCAGGUCCCCUCAAAGAGAUCAUCGAUGAAGUGAAGAAGGUUGCAGAUCUUUGGCUUGUCCACGCCGUGCUGACGCGAUACAAUGUGUGA